AUGGAAAUGCUGUUCCAAGGCCCAGUGCAGACCCUGGAACCCGGGACUCUGUACACCUUCAGCGUAUGGGCAGACAGGAACAAGGUGACCAGUUAUGCGCAGAGCCUCCUUGCAUCCACAGCCCCAAGCCCAGUCACCAUCACCUCCUGCAUCAGCACCUCUGGGGGCCACGGGGUCAUCUUGACCUGGUCCUGCCCCGUGGGAGGCUACGAGGCCUUUGAGUUGCAGGUGGGUGGACAGCGGGACUGCCAGAAUGGAUCGUCCUGUGGGAGGGGCGUGUCUGUGUGGGAUCUCCAGCCAGCUCAGUCUUACCCAGCCACCGUCACCACCAUCUGGGAUGGAAUGAGGGCCCCGUCUGCCCCUGUGACCUGCCACACGGAGAAUGCAGGGGUCAUCGCCGGAGCCAUCGUCGGUGUGGUCCUGUUUCUCAUCCUGGUGGGCCUGCUGAUUUUCUUCCUGAAGAAGAGGCACAAGAAGAGCCAGAGGAAACCGGCACCCAAGGUUCUGGGCUCCAGCCUCCUGGAGAACAUCCCGUCACAAGACUUUGCUGCCCACGUGAGGAAGAACGAGAAGGAUGACAACAGAGGCUUCGCAGUGGAGUACCAGCGAUUGGCUCUGGAGGGCACCAAGCAGUCUCAAAUGGUGGCCUCAGCCCUCGAAAACAGUGCCAAGAACCGUUACCGAAAUGUGCUGCCCUACGACUGGUCCCGGGUGUCCCUGAAGCCCCACCAGGAGGAACCAGGCUCCGACUACAUCAACGCCAGCUUCAUACCUGGUCUCUGGGGCCCCCGUGAGUUCAUUGCAGCCCAGGGCCCCCUGCCCCAGACGGUGGCUGACUUCUGGCGCCUGGUGUGGGAGCAGCAGAGCCGCGUCCUGGUCAUGCUGACCAACUGUGUGGAGUCUGGCCGGGUGAAGUGUGAGUACUACUGGCCUCUAGACGCCCAGCCAUGCACAUAUGGGCACCUACAAGUGGCCCUGGAGGGUGAGAAGGUGCUGGAGAACUGGACAGUACGAGACCUGAGGGUCCGGCACGUAAGCAGACAGAAGGAGCUCCAGGCAGAGUCACACACAGUGGCUUUUACCACUUACACGGUAUCCCCCCAGAAUGCUAUCUUGCUGAAUAAUAUACUCUGAUCCCGGAUGCUCCAAAAAUAGAUCCCUCCAAUCAGCCAAGACUCCCCCUUCCUGUGACCUGACCCCUUCUUGUUCCUGCCUAGUGCUGGCGUGGGCCGCACAGGCACCUUCAUUGCCCUGGACGUCCUGCUGCGGCAGCUGGAGCGUGAGCGUUUUGUGGGAGCCUUCAGCUACGUGCGGAAGAUGAGGGAGAGCAGGCCUCUCAUGCUACAGACUGAGGCCCAGUACGUGUUCCUGCACCAGUGCAUCCUGCGGGGUCUCCAGCAGUCACCCCUAGCCCCAGCAGAGAAAGGGGCUUCGUACGUGAACCCGCUGUAUGAGAAUAAGGUCCAGGUGGAGCUGACCGUGCUGGACUAUGACAAGCUGGGCAAGAACGAGGCCAUCGGGAGGGUGGCGGUAGGGGCGGCGGCAGGGGGAGCCGGCCUGCGGCACUGGGCAGACAUGCUGGCCAGCCCCCGGCGGCCCAUUGCCCAGUGGCACUCCCUGCGGCCCCCCGACCGAGCGAGGCCGCUGCCUGCACCCUGA